AUUUUGACAACUUAAUUGACAGUUCUUGUUAUUGUUUUGGUUGACCUAAUGUUUGUGUCUAUAAGGUUAUUUUAAAUAAAAAUUGUUGAUAGAAACUGCACCACAAUGAACGCAAGAAAGCUGUGGGGUGAAAUGGAAGACGAGAGAACGGACGAGACGUUACUUCAGAAUGUCAACUUUAAUCCAAUCAUAGAAUUGGGUAUGCAAAACAUUCCCGAAAUAUCUAUCACUGUAAAAUCUUCGCCUAUCGAACUUCCAAAACCAAAUCUUAUAACUCACACCAUACAGCUACAUGCUCACGCAAGGCAGCUAACGAAUAUACUGGAACAAGCUGAGAAUGCCCUAUUUGAGGGUGCACGGAUUGGUCCAAUCACGUUACCCAUAGAGCCACCAGAACCUGAAUUAAAACUAGAACAUGACACGAACCCACCGAUUAAUUUCCUGGAAAAAGAAUAUUGUGAUUUUUCCCUAGGCAAAGGACCCAUGAUUCUGCCUUUCACUCCUGAGAGCCACAAGCGAGCACUGCGACAGUGCGCGGCCAUAGCUCUUGGUCAUGUCGGUGUGGCGACCACUACUAACGUUGUGCUCACUGCCGUAGCAGACGCUCUAGAUAUUCAUAUGACUAAUAUGUGCAAACUACUAAGGACUGUAGUGGAUAAAGAGGCAAGCGGCCUAAAAUCAGGAUUCCCAGACGCAAUUUCGAAGGUAUUUUCAGACCUCAAUGUUGGUAACCUUCAUGAAUUUUAUCAGAACAGAGUUGUGAGGUAUCACGCAAUGACUAAAAAGAAAUGUGAAGAUUUGAGACUUCAGUGUGAAGCUCUGGCUAUAAGGGACAUAGCACCACAGUUGAAGUUAGAAGAAGUGCCAGAGUUACAUUUUCCUGCUGCACUGGACGGAGCAUUCACUCCAUCCUUAGAGCCAGGGUUUCAAAUGCUGCACAGCCUAGAACAAGAAGGCUUGGAGCUGCUAGAGGCAGUCACAUCAGAUGACAUCACCAAAAUGGAUGCCAUGGAGUUCUCACAACCAGAGACUACAGCAAAACUUCCCACAUUAUCACCCAGUGCAAAGAAAAAAAGAAAAUAACUUUUAUAUUGGGUAACUAGGAUAAGUGAUAUUAUGUAAAAAUAAAUACCUUUACUACAUCA